CAGCAGGCAGCAGCCAUCCGCAUCAAACAGAUUUCAUUCACUGAGUGGCCGCUCCGUGGAGAACAACAGGCUACCUCCCUCUGUCCUGUGAUGCUGCACAGCUAUGGGACAAAGGAAACAAAAACCAUAUGAUCAAGCUAUCUAACAAAGAGCCAUAAAAUCAACAUCUAUAUGGGAUCCUAAAUUAGGGGAACAUUGUAAAGACAGCACCUUUUUUGUUUUAUUUAAUCUUAUGAGCUAUUUAUUGUAAUCAAUUCCCUCAUUAGACAAUAUUCUAAAGUGUUUAGUUAAGGGAGGUGAUGUUCUUCUGUAUUCAGUCAAGAUAUCACUACUGGCUAGGGGCUUGUAAGAAUACUUUGGCGCUAAGGUUGACAGAAGAGCUGCUUUAAAUAGCUAUGUGGAACAGAAUAUGCACAUAACUAGAGGGGUUCAGUCCAACCCAGUCCCACUGACAGGGCAGAGACGUUCCUCCAGCAGCACCUCCACUGUGUCAUCAUGUGGCACUAGUUACUGACUGACUCUUCAGUACAGCCAAGUGCUGCAUCCCCAGCUGCACCAUGACUUCAUCUGACAAUGAUGAAACAGGGAGUGACCUGUCUGAGUGUCUGGAGAUCCGGGAGCUCCACGACCAGUACAUGGACCCAGAGACCUGCUUCAAAUCCAAAAGCUUACCCAUCCUGAAUGGACCAUGUCAGCCAAAUCGAAAGGCUGCAGAGCCUCUGCUGGUCAACACCACCCACACCUCUGUGGUCGUGGAGGAGAGCAGCGAGCUCCAACCCAAAACCCCAGACUCCAGCCAGGGAGAGACUCCCUCUUCCAGGACUGACUUCUCCCUCUCUGCCUCCAGCAUGGUGGGGCUCAGUAGCUCUUUACCUCUGGAGGGCAACAGGGCCGCUGGCUCCGGGGGUAAAAAACUUGGUUUCUCUCUCACCCGCCUUAUCCGCAUCCCAGCCAGAAAGUAUGUGCGGCUCAUCCUGAGGGACUCCCGCUGCUUCCUGUUCUGCAUGUGCUACCUGACCUUCAUUCAGUCCCUGAUGGUUUCAGGCUACCUGAGCAGUGUCAUCACCACCAUUGAGAAGAGGUACAGUCUACGCAGCUCUGAGUCCGGCCUGCUGGUCAGCUGCUUUGACAUCGGCAGCUUGCUGGUGGUGGUCUUCAUCUCCUACUUUGGCGGCAGAGGUCAGAGGCCUCGCUGGCUGGCUGUGGGUGGUGUGGUCAUUGCUGUAGGGGCAGCAUUGUUUUCCCUGCCCCACUUCAUCUCACCACCUUACCAAAUCCAGGAGAUGAACUCCUCAACGGGCCAUGAAGGCCUCUGUCAGAGCGGCAACAGCAGCGGGCGUGAGCUCAAUGUGGCAUCGUGCCCACGCGACCAGGAAGGCAAUGAGCACAACCUGUAUGUGACUCUGUUCAUUUGCGCCCAGAUUCUUGUAGGCAUGGGGUCGACGCCAAUCUACACCCUGGGGCCCACCUACCUGGACGACAACGUGAAGAAAGAAAAUGCAUCUCUCUACCUAGCCAUCAUGUAUGUGAUGGGAGCCCUGGGACCUGCAGCUGGCUACCUUCUGGGAGGCGUCCUCAUUGGCUUCUAUGUUGACCCCAAAACUGUAGUCAACAUCGACCAGAGUGACCCCCGCUUUGUUGGCAACUGGUGGAGUGGCUUUCUCUUGUGUGCCGUAGCCAUGCUUCUGGUCAUCUUUCCCAUGUUUGCUUUUCCCAAAAAGCUGCCCCCACGCCACAAAAAGAGGAAGAGGAAAAAGAUUGGCUCACCCGGCAACCAGUCCAGCGACGACGAUGUGAUGAAGGAAAAGUCCAGUAGCAAAGAUCAGAACGUCACCUCUUCCAUGGGCUUUGGAAAGGACAUCAAAGAACUCCCCAAGGCAGCCCUCAGGAUCCUCAGCAACAUGACCUUCCUGUUUGUCAGCCUGUCCUACACGGCAGAGUGCGCCAUCGUCACCGCCUUCAUCACCUUCAUCCCCAAGUUUAUUGAGUCACAGUUUGGUAUUCCCGCCUCCAAUGCCAGCAUAUACACCGGCGUGAUCAUCGUACCCAGUGCUGGGGUGGGCAUCGUGCUGGGGGGCUACAUCAUCAAGAAGCUGAAGCUCGGCGCCAGAGAGUCAGCCAAGCUGGCCAUGAUCUGCAGUGGGGUGUCUCUGCUCUGCUUCUCCACACUCUUCAUAGUGGGCUGUGAGAGCAUCAAUUUAGGGGGCAUCAACAUACCUUACACCACUGGUCCAACCCUGACGAUGACCCACAGGAACCUGACCGGCAGUUGCAACGUGAACUGUGGCUGCAGGAUCCAUGAGUACGCUCCGGUCUGCGGCUCGGAUGGCAUUACCUAUUUCAACCCCUGUCUGGCUGGAUGCAGCACUGUGGGCAAUGACAGCACCGGGAUUAGGAACUACACAGACUGCGGCUGUGUGCAGAGCAGACAGGUCAUCACUCCGUCCUCUGGUGGCCAGGGCAACCAGCUCCAGCUGGUCAUCGUUAAAACCUACCUAAACGAGAACGGCUACGCUGUAUCGGGGAAGUGCGACCGCACCUGCAACACUCUCAUCCCAUUCCUCAUAUUCCUCUUCAUCGUCACUCUCAUCACCGCCUGUGCCCAGCCCUCCGCCAUCAUUGUCACACUCAGGUCUGUUGAUGAACAGGAGAGGCCUUUUGCUCUUGGGAUGCAGUUUGUCUUGCUCCGAACUCUUGCCUACAUCCCCACGCCCAUCUACUUUGGUGCUGUGAUUGACACCACCUGCAUGCUGUGGCAGCAGGACUGCGGCGUGCACGGCUCCUGCUGGGAGUACGACGUCACCUCAUUCCGCUUCGUCUACUUCGGCCUGGCCGCCAGCCUCAAGUUCGUUGGCUUCAUCUUCAUCUUCCUCACCUGGUACUCGAUCAAGCACAAGGAAGAUCGAGCUGAGCGCUGGCGCCAGCACCUGCCUCCGCUGGGCACUGUCAGCGAGCUUAUCUGCCACGCUGGAGGCCACAAAAGCCACGCACGCACCCGCUCCUGCCCCGUGUUCAUUCCACCUCGGGCCGACCCGCCCGCCGCCCUGCUGCUCAACCGCGGACACAGCAGCCUCAGCUGCCCCGGCAACACCCUCAAAGCAAUAACCCCGCCCAUCCUGUUGCCUAAUCACCACAGAGGCUCUGCCCAUGUCUGAGAGCAUGCCAAGCCUCCCUCUGGCCUCCAUUGUGACACGUGCCUUCCUGUUUGUGUUUCUAUGCCACACAGUGUCUGCUUUACAUCAAUCAGACACCAGGCAGGGCUCCACAGCUGCUGUGGGUCUGACAGGCAGGGACACGGGUGCGCCCACCAUAUUUAAAGGGCUGCUAAUUGUUGUUUAUAAUAACAGGAAACUGACAGAUGUUCUUUGAUUCUGAGCAUAUCAUCAGCUGCAGCCACACACAUCAUCCACACAGGUCAGACCUCCACUUGAAGGUUCAGACGAUGUAAAGACAUCUCAUGGUGCUACUGUUAAAGGGCAGGGCAUUAAAACUCUGUACAGACGGAUGAGUCAUCAUCAACACGGCCUCUAAAGCACAACUGACAUACCUGUACUAUGCAAGAUCCUAUGUACAGCUCCCUCUCUACUCUACAUCUGUACCUCUCUCUUCUUCCCCGCCUAAUUCAUAUGUUGUUGGCUCAGUCAUAAUCCCACUUUCUCUUACAGUCCGAGCUGUGAACCUAUCAGCAACCUCUUAUUUGAGCCAUUCCACCUGUUCUCCUGCCCGGUGUAGUUUGGAUCUUCAUAAUUGACCAUUUUCUUUUUUAAUCCUGUUUCUCCUCUUUUUUUUUUUUUUUUCUUCUUUCUUUUUGUAGCAGUGCCUCUCAGGCUGUCUCGGCCAGUCCAAUAUACAAAGCUAGCUACCAGGGUAAAUGCUAGCUACCGAAAAGCCAGUCACUAUCCUCUCAGUUUAGCGCAAUAUUCUGCUUUGUUGCCCUCAGCUUCUGUGUUUGUGAACGGUUGUCUCCGAGCUUGAGCCUUUGCGCCCCAGUGGACGAAGCUCCUCGCCUUUGCAAGGUAACCGUGUAGCUUAAAGCCGUUUAUUAUCACAACGUGGCAAACAGGAAUAAGAAAAGUAUCUCAUCGUUGACCAUGUGCUGAAGCUACUGUAUGUCCAGAAUAUGUGAUUGUACUUGUGACUUGAAAUGUGAUGGAGAUUCUAAAGAGUGGCAAAACUGCAACAAAUUUGAACCACUUUUAAACACCACAACUUCAAAGUAAAAUAAUUUGUAUUUAAUAUAUUUCAACAAAUGCAAGGAUGCGUCACUUUGGCUUCAUAUUGUAAUGGCUUCUCCAUUCUAUUGGUCAUCAGAUGUACAUAGUAGUUAUCUAGUAGGCUAGGCUUUUAAGAAAGUAGUGCAGCAAAGCAUGUAAAAGCCCUUUUAUCAGCAAGAGUAAUCUGAUGUUGAUUCUUCAGUUCCUGGGUGUUUGGGGCCCUCUAGUGGACAGAGAGAUGAUUGAAGGCCAGUGAAUGUUGCGGAGUGUCAGACCUACUGCACUAUGAAAUUCUUGGUUAAAAGGUUAAUUAUUAAACUUAAUCACUGCACUGAAUUUAUAACUUCAGUUUUCCAGAUAUGUCUGCAGGUCAUGUUAAAAAAAAUUGGUCUGCUAGUUUGGUUUUGAAGUUUACAACAUUCAGUAUAACCAAUGCCAUGUUUUACUAGAAUCGUAUAAUUGUGGCUCAUGGAUUAACCUCCGUUUGAACAGGACAGGUAGUGUUUGCAGAGAAAUGAAAGCGCUGGUAUGGCCUUUGUGUAAAAAAAAAAAUAGCUUUGUUCAAUAUUCAAAAUAUUGGUACAUGUUUUAAAAACCACAUUUAAUGAGUUUUUUUCUAAGGGGGAAUAUAAGUUUAAUAAAGUUAAUGUAUUUUAUAUCCUGAUCAGUUUGACUUCAUUUUAGUUAUUACAAGUUUGCAAAGGAAUGGAUAAUCUGAUGCAGUGAAUCCAUUUUAAAAGUUAACAUUUUUUGGCUAAGAUUUGUGGUUUUCUGCCAGGUAAGGAUUAUCAAGUUGUAAUGGUGGUAACUAAUAGUAUUAUUGUGACUUAGUACCUCAAAUUACAUAUUCAUAAGUGAUCAUCGUGUAAAUAUUGACCAAGAAAAUAAAACUUAUUUAUAGAGCUCACACAUAGUUAGAAGCAUAUUUAUGAACUAACCCAUGAUAUUGUAGUUUAAAAAAAAACAACUUAAAAGCUACAAAAAAACAGUGGAUUUGGCUCGC